GUUUAUUAAUAGGAAAUUCAUAUAAAGUGUUGUAUUGAGUGAUUGACUGAUAGAGUGAUUGAGUGCUACGGAUAUAUAGGCGUCGGCUUUGUUUGAAUCAAUUGAUUGUCACUUUUGGUGAUUACAUUUGCGCCAACACUAUGUCUGACACACCCGUCGCCGACCACGAGGUGUCCGAAGAGGACACCAACUAUAGGCCACCGCCAGAGAAGUCACUCGACGAGAUCGUCAACGCCGACAAAGAGGACGAAAGUCUUCAGAAGUAUAAACAGACGCUUUUGGGCGCCGCCGCCGCCGAUGUGGUGGUCGUCGACGGAGACAAUCCCAACCGAGUCAUCGUCAAGAAUCUGGUCCUCGUAGUCGAUGGCAGACCCGAUGUUGUACUUGACUUGAGUCCAGGUAACUUAGAGGCCGUGAAGAAGAAUGUGUUUGUCAUCAAAGAAGGCAUUCAAUACAAGAUCCGCAUUGAGUUUAUAGUGCAAAGAGAAAUAGUGACGGGUCUUAAGUAUCAGCAAAAGAUCUCUCGACACAGCAUUCAAGUGGAGAAAAUGAAUCAAAUGGUGGGAAGUUAUGCCCCGAAGCAUGAGAUGCAGUCCUACACGAGUCCUAUGGAAGAGAUGCCGUCCGGACUCCUAUCGCGCGGUACUUAUCACGUGACCUCUCUAUUCACCGACGAUGACAAUCACGAGUGGUUGAAAUGGGACUGGAAUUUCGAGCUCAAGAAGAAUUGGUAGUCACACCUAAUCACGUCCCGUACCUGUGAUUACGACCUUAAUUGUUCCCAAACUAUAUGUGCCUUUCAGUGUCUCCUCUUUCAACACUCGUUCAGAUUUGUUGUCAGAAAUCCAAAUCAUAUUUCAUAUAAAUUUAUAUAAAAACCCUUUUAUGAACAAAAAAGCAAACGAUUAUGAAUUGAAAUUACAAUAUAAAUAUAUUUAUAAAUCCAAAACCUAUUUAACUUUUUUAUCCCUAAAUUAUAAAUAGAGUUUAUUUAAAUCAAUGAAAGUUUGAUCCAGGCCUUUUUCUUAUUUUUUGUAUAAUUAUGAAACCAAUUAUAUAAAUAUAAAUAUCCAAUAAAUGAUUAAUAAUUAAAA